CUUUGCCUUGCGUGAUGUCACGACUUUGAGGGCUCAUUGGCAGGAAGUAUAUAGUGUGACCUUUGCUCUCAUGGGGGUAACUGAGGUCGAUAUGCAUGGCUUGGUUCCCCGGUGGUGGUGCUACUGCGCAUCAAAUUUGUGAAUUGCUUAUUCAGGAGCGAGACAUUAGAAAUAGUAAGCAGAUUAAAUAGACACAUCCAGUUAUCUUGUAAAUAAGACAAUCUAAGAAAAUCAGCUACCGUAAGUAUUUUCAUAAUUUGUGAAGAUUUUUUUGUCUUGCUUUUCAUAUUUGUUUCCUUAGUUCAUGCUCCUCCAUGAUGCCUCAUUCAAGUACUACAUGCUCUGUGUCUUCAUAGUUUUUAUUUGUCUGGUCAUCUCACAACUACUUACACAACCAAAGCACCCUCUAUUGUUUGCUGUAUUCAGUACAUCAUGUCUAAUACUUCUAUUUCUUAUACUUAUUGCAAUGGCGCAGUAUAUGAAGUGUCAUCCUAAGCUUUCUUUGAUGUGGCUAGAGAGACUUCUCCAAGCUCGAUGGUGGUUACGAAGGUUGAUGGCCGGUAUCGCCAUGGUUACACUACUCCUUAUCUCAAUCAUCAAUGUGGUAGAGUGUAGGACUGUCCCAGAAUGCUCCGCCAAUCAGACAGCAUCUAACAAACCUCAUAGUAUCUACCAGAUCUCAGCAAACCCAUCAACCUCACCAUUUAUCAAUAGCUCCACUUCAAAUGAUAAAUUUAUAUGCAGCCUACCUGUAAUAUACCCUUUGUGUAGUAUGCUAGCAUUGCAGACCUGUCUACUGUUCCUUCAAGUUGGUGUUAGUGUUAAAGCCUUCAUCAUGAUACUGGGACUGGUGUCAAACUCAGUAGUCUUACACUACACUCAUUAUUCCGUGUUUGACUGUGCUGAUAUGACAAUGUACCACAGAGAAGGCUUUCAUAAUUAUAUUCCGACAAGAAUCACAAUGACAGCCCAGCUGGUUGUACUAGUCAUCAUGCUUGUUCUCAUUCAUAGAAGAUUGUUAUAUGCCCAUCCUAGACGGGACGUAUUAUGGUAUCACGCCCGGUGUCUGUCCAACCGUUAACUCUUCCUUAUAAACGCGAUAACUUCAGUUUGACUUAACCUAGGCUCAUAUAAUUUGGUAUGUAUGAUGCUAGCAUGGAUCUCAGGAAGCCUAUUGAUUUUGAGGUCAAUAGUUCAUGGUCACAGUGACCUCCUUUCAUUGUACCCUUCUGCAAUCCUUGUAAACGUGAUAACUUCACUUUAACUUAACUUAGGCUCAUAUAAUUUGAUGUGUAUAAUACUAGUAUGGACCCCAGGAAGCCUAGUGAUUUUCAGGUCCAAAAGUCAAGGUCACAGUGACAUAUUUCCAUCUUACCCUUCUGCAGUCCUUGUAAACGCGAGAACUUCAGUUU